CGUAGGCACCGAGGCCUUAUGGGAGUCGUAGUUCCCCUAGCCACUUCCGUUCCAGUCUUCCGCGUGUCAGAUAGAUUGGACGUUCCAGCACCGCUCUCUCUAUUGGGGAGCAGCCCUGCUGCGAUGCCCGCCCCGCAGUGCGCCUCCUGCCACCAGGCCCGCGCCGCCCUCCGCCGCCCGCGCUCCGGGCUGGCCCUGUGCGGCGCCUGCUUCUGCGCCGCCUUCGAGGCCGAGGUGCUGCACACGGUGGUGGCGGGCCGCCUGCUGCCGCCCGGCGCCGUGGUGGCCGUGGGCGCGUCCGGCGGCAAAGACUCCACGGUGCUGGGCCACGUGCUGCGCGCUCUGGCCCCGCGCCUGGGCGUGUCGCUGCGCCUGGUGGCCGUGGACGAGGGCAUCGGCGGCUACCGGGACGCGGCGCUGGCGGCCGUGCGGCACCAGGCGGAGCUCUGGGAGCUGCCGCUCACCGUGGUGGCCUACGCCGACCUGUUUGGGGGCUGGACCAUGGACGCCGUGGCCCGCAGCGCCGCCGGCUCCGGCCGCAGCCGCGCCUGCUGCACCUUCUGCGGGGUGCUGCGGCGCCGCGCGCUGGAGGAGGGGGCGCGCCGCGUGGGAGCCACGCACAUCGUCACGGGCCACAACGCGGACGACAUGGCGGAGACGGUGCUCAUGAACUUCCUGCGCGGGGACGCGGGCCGGCUGGCGCGGGGCGGACUGCUGGGCUCGCCGGGCGAGGGGGGCGCGCUGCCGCGCUGCCGGCCGCUGCAGCUGGCCUCGCAGAAGGAGGUGGUGCUGUACGCGCACUUCCGCCGCCUGCGCUACUUCUCGGAGGAGUGCGUGUACGCGCCCGAGGCCUUCCGCGGGCACGCGCGCGCGCUGCUCAAGCUGCUGGAGGCGGCGCGGCCGUCGGCGGUGCUGGACCUGGUGCACUCGGCCGAGCGCCUGGCGCUCAGCCCCGCCGCCCGGCCCCCGCCGCCCGCCGCCUGCUCCCGCUGCGGGGCGCUGGCCAGCCGCGCGCUCUGCCAGGCCUGCGCGCUGCUGGACGGCCUCAACCGCGGCCGCCCGCGCCUGGCCAUCGGCAAGGGCCGCCGGGGGCUGGACGAGGGGGCCGCGCGGGCGCGGGGGGCUCUUCCCGGGGGCGGGGACGCAGAAGCCCCUCCUCCCGGGGGGCUGGACACCGGCGCCCCUCCUUCUGGGGACCAGGACACAGACGCCCCUCCUCCAGGGGAGCUGGAUGCAGGCGCCCCUUCUUCUGGGGGGCUGGACACCGGCGCCCCUCCUUCUGGGGAUCCGGAUAUAGCCGCCCCUCCUCCAGGGGAGCUGGAUGCAGGCGCCCCUUCUUCUGGGGGGCUGGACACAAGCGCCCCUCCUUCUGGGGAUCCGGACACAGCCGCCCCUCCUCCCGGGAGGCUGGACACAGACGCCCCUCCUUCUGGGGACCAGGACAGAGAAGCCCCUUCUUUAUGAGAACCUGCACUGAGGGCCUUAAAAUAACUGGGGUGCUGGGGGUUGAACUCUGAGAGUUCAGUGCUUUACCCACUGUGCUACCUCCCAGGUGUAAAUAACUGAAUAAACUCAUUACCUUUG